GACGCAGAUAUUACAGACGCCCCACAUUUCUAUUAAAUCUACAGGAAUUCAAAUGUCUAAUCUGUAAAUGUCAAAUUUCUUAUUUUACGAGAAUAAAUAGUGAUUGAAAAAAGAGACUGCUCUGCUUGUGACAUGCUAACGCCGUUCAUGUUGGAGGUUGCUGCUGUCCACCGUGAAGAUUAGAUGGUCUAGCUAACACGAGAUAUGCCGCAGCCAAAAUCACGAAAAAUCGCCAUUCUCGGGUACAGAUCCGUAGGAAAGUCGUCGCUGACGAUCCAGUUUGUGGAAGGCCAGUUUGUGGACUCCUAUGAUCCAACGAUAGAAAACACGUUUACCAAGAUGAUCACGAUAAAUGGACAAGAAUACCACCUGCAGUUGGUUGACACAGCGGGACAGGAUGAGUACUCUAUAUUUCCUCAGACCUAUUCCAUAGAUAUCAAUGGAUACAUCUUGGUCUACUCUGUCACGUCUAAUAAAAGUUUUGAAGUAGUUCAGGUUAUCCAUGAAAAACUUCUGGAUAUGGUGGGGAAAGCUCAAGUUCCUAUUAUGUUGGUGGGAAAUAAGAACGACCUGCACAUGGAAAGGGUGAUCAGCUGUGAGGAAGGGAAGUCACUAGCAGAAUCAUGGAACGCUGCCUUCAUGGAAUCCUCAGCUAAAGAGAACCAGACGGCGGUGGAGGUGUUCAAGCGGAUGAUCCUGGAGGCGGAGAAGCUGGAAGGCGGCGUCCAACCAGGGAAGACUUCCUGCUCCUUGAUGUAGAGCUGCUGAUCAAUCAGAACAGAGAACCAAACACUACACUGGGAUAUCCAGUUACUUGAAGGCUUCCUGCCAGUACAACUACUACUCUUCCAACAUUCUUCAACAGUCUUCGAACAGUCUUCCAACAGUCUUCCAA